AUGCCUACUGACCUCAACCGUAGUCGGUCUCUUUCCCUGUCUCCCUUGUUCUCGCCAACAUCCCGCUCACUCGCCCGCCCCUUAUCCACAAUAGCAGCAACAACAACAACAACAACAACAACAGCAACAACAACAACUCUAGCUCUCAACAUUCGAACCAUGCCGAUACACUCCCCCGGCACAACUGGGGCAUCAUCUACCGGGUUCUCCCACAAAUUCCGCAGCUUCACGCACCUAUCCAAGAACAAGAACAAGGCCAAGACCACCGGAACAGACCAAGACGAAGAAGGAUUAGGGGGAAAGGAGUUUGAGAUAGUCAACACCCCGGACCGGCCAAACCAAGUGAUCUCGACUGCGGAGGUGCCCACGGAAGAGGAGUGUGGGGAACUGAUUUUGAGGUGGCAUUUGGCGGCGAAAAGGAGAGAAGUGUGUCUUCCUCCUCCUUGGAGUGGUGGGGGAGGGUAUAGCCGGGUGCUUAUGGAUACACCGUCCAACGGCGCAGCAACGCACAACCUUCUGUCCUCUGGGAAGAAGAAGAAGUCGGAGAAGACCCAAGAGCGAAGAGAGACAAAUAAUCACCAGAUUCGCCGAGGAGAACCCCGGCGCAGUGAGAUCUUUAAGCCACGGCCGUGGAAACACGACGAGCCGUAUCCUGAGCCGUAUCCUGAGCCGUAUCCUGAGCCGGUUGUUGUCAACAGGCCGUAUCGCCGGCAUCAGGCUUGGGUGGACUCCAGUUCGCCUAAGGAGGCCAAGACACGAGGGUCCAAGAUGCCAGAAGCCGACCAGAUCAACAGGACCGGGAUUCCGCAGAUGCUCCUCCUAAACCACCGCCGAGAUUGUCCGAGAGACCCUUCCUCGACACCAGCCUCCCACCAGGCACUCACAGACGGCCGGCGCAUGGUCUCGUCCGGCGACCGAGCACCCCGAUCCGCCACCCACCGGCUGAGCGUGGAUGAUUAUUCCCACUUUCUAGCAUGGAAGACGCCAGAGGAGAGAGCGCAGUUUAAACGAGCGUGGGAGAGGCAAGAUAGAGAGAAAAGGAGGACACAGAAGGGGGCAUAUGCGAGUGGGUGUGGAAGCGGGGGGUAUGAGGAUGAUGGGGAUGAUGGGGAUGUGUUUAUGGAGAUUUUGAGGCAUUAUGAGGAGGGUGGGGAGGAUAUUCCAGAAGGUGGUUGGAUUUAG